AUGGCUAUGCAAACUGCAGCCGUCUCUUCCAAAGUACUCAUUCUUGUUGGCGCCGGUUUGACAAGUUCGAUCAUAUUGAAGAACAGAAGAUUAUCUGAGGUGAUUGCCCAGCUGCAGGAAUUGCUCAAGGGUGUUCAAGAUGCUGAAACGUCGUCGUAUAGAUACGAUACUGCUGUCCUUGCAGCCCAGAUUCGUCAGUUGGCUCAAGAGAUAAAGGAGAUAUCCAUGAACAAUCCUGUAACCAUCUUCAAUGGGAAUUCUGAAAGUGCAGGAAGCUUGGCAUCUUAUGUUAUGCCGGCUGCUGCACUAGGAGCGAUGGGUUAUUGUUACAUGUUGUGGAAGGGGUGGUCAUUGUCAGAUGUAAUGUUUGUGACGAAACACAAUAUGCAAAAUGCUGUUGCAUCUGUUUCUAAACAAUUGGACCAUCUAUCUGAUUCCCUUGCAAAUACGAAGAAGCAUCUAACCAAAAGGUUGGAAAACUUGGAUUGGAAAAUGGACGAGCAGAUGGAGUCAUCUAAGCAAAUUGCUAGUAAUGUAGGUGAAAUGAAUUCUAACCUUUCAGAAAUUGGAUUCAAUGUUGGGACAAUUCAUCAAAUGAUAGCUGGCCUGGAAGGAAAACUCGAGCUUCUGGAAAGCAAACAGGUUUUCCAUGUCUUCCCCCUCCUUUUGCUAUUUUGGUUUGUCGGUUUGUUCAAGUGUGCUUUUUGCAGCAGAUUUCUGCAGGAACUUGGUGCCAAGGUUGCCAACCUUGUGCUGACCAACGGUGAAGAAAUAUCUCUCAAGGGCCUCCAGUUUCUCGCCGAGGAGGACUCAAUGGUCAGAGCCAGUAAGCCGAUAGAAAAGGUAAAGACAGCUGAUCCUGACAUCACCAGCCUCCCAGGCGAAAAAUUGACAAGCACAAGACCAAGAUUCAUUCACAGGACAUACCCAGUUGGGCUGUCAGGUUUUGGCACUGGAGCUUGA